AACACGGAAUUGAUGUCUCUUUGCGGGCAAGGUGGACGUCACUUCAGAUGUUUGCUCCUAAGGCCCGGUAUUUUUCUUCUCAAAGCCGUCUUUGCCGUCGUGAACAAGCUCCCUCCUUCCAUCCUCGGCACGGGAAACCAAGGCGAUUUGACAGCCAGUCCCCACCUUCCGAAGCCUUCGCGAUCUUCCCCUCCGUCACCAACGCCAAGCCGGGGAGCAGAGAUGGAUAACCUUACCGCAACAGAGAUGAAGGAGCUGGAGACUCGGAUGCAGAAGAGGCAGGUCAAGGAGUUUGUCGGCCUCUUCAGCAACCUCGUCGACCACUGCUUCAUGUCGUGCAUCGAGGACUUCACGUCCAAGUCGCUCUCGUCGCGCGAGACGGGCUGCGUCGCCCGCUGCGUCCAGAAGGACAUGGCGGCCGCCCAGCGCCUCAGCGAGCGCUUCCAGGAGCAUAACGCCGCCCAGAUGGCGAACCAGCAACAACGAUGAGCGGCGCCCGGCGCCCCGACCAUCCCCCGCUCCGACUGUACGAUACAAGAAGAAAAAAAAACACUUGCGGCGACGAUGACGGCUGUGGGAGGAAGAGGGAGAGGAGGAAAGAGGAUCAUGAGCAUUUCCCACUCUGUAACAACUCUCUCAUGUUGACGUUUCCAUGUCUCUUUUCCAUUGGAUUUUUUCCACUUUGGUACUUUACAUGAAAAACAAAAGGGAUAAUAGAUGACUGAACCCAUAUUAAUCCGACACAAGGCAGGCAUAAAUAUGGAUCCACGGACCUGGCGGGCAGUGAUGUUGGGC